AUGAUUGAAACACUUGUAACUACUGAAGCUCAGGAACUGCUGUACCAGCUCACAGCCCUGUUGGAACAGGAGUUAAGAUGUCAGCCAAAGGCCUCUGGCCUGAGACUGAUUGAGUCUGCUCAUGAUAAUGGCCUCCGGAUGACUGCAAGGCUGCGAGACUUCGAAGUGAAAGAUCUCCUCAGCUUAACUCAAUUCUUUGGCUUCCAUACAGAGACGUUUUCACUAGCUGUGAAUUUCUUAGACAGAUUCUUGUCAAAAAUGAAGGUACAGCCUAAACACUUGGGCUGUGUUGGGCUCAGCUGCUUCUACUUGGCUGUGAAGGCAGCAGAAGAAGAGAGAAACGUUCCCUUAGCCACUGACUUAAUUCGAAUAAGCCAGUAUAGGUUCACUGUUUCCGAUAUGAUGAGAAUGGAGAAAAUCGUAUUGGAGAAGUUGUGUUGGAAAGUCAAAGCUACAACAGCCUUCCAAUUUCUACAACUAUAUCAUUCACUCAUUCAUGAAAAUUUAAGCUGUGAAAGGAGAAAAUACCUUAAUUUUGAGAGACUUGAGACCCAGCUUAAGGCAUGUCACUGCAGAAUCAUGUUUUCUAAAGCCAAGCCUUCUGUCUUGGCACUGGCUAUUAUGGCACUAGAAAUAGAAGAGCAAAAACUGCUGGAAUUGACAGAGGCAUUGGAAUUUCUGCAGUUGCAUUCCAAGAUAAACAACAGAGAUUUGACCUUCUGGAAGGAACUGGUGUUGAAGUGCCUUACAGAAUAUGCUUCGAGCAAAUGUUCCAAACCAAAUGUCCAGAAAUUAAAAUGGAUUGUGUCUGGACGUACAGCGCGGCAGCUCAAACAUAGCUACUACAGAAUAACACACCUUCCUACAAUUCCAGAGACCAGCUCAUAA